AAACUGACCCCGUGACUCGCGAUAAAAUUCUCCGGAAUACUGUCGGUUCACUGGAAACGGAGCACACGACAUCCGCCGAUUUCUCCAUCAGUAUCCAUCGGUUUGACCAGCGAGAACAUUCACGGGCGUCUUGUAUAUCUGCCAACAUUUCAAAAUGUUAUUUCUAAUGUUGACGGCGUGUCUUCUCGCCGUUACUCACGCCGGAUGUCCCAUGAGGCCAACGGUGGAACAAACUUCCGCGAGCAGGACAGCAGGCGAUGGUGGUUACAGGAUUCUUAUCAGCGGACAGAAUGGAUACAUUCCAAAUGCAAUUCAUACAAUUAGUUUGCAAGGAUCACAAACACACGAAAGACUGCAACAAUUCACGCGCUUCACGCUCACGGUGACUUCGCAGCAUGCGCCGAAUAAUCCUUUGGCUCAUGUCGGUUACUUCCAACUGUUUCCGGAUUCCUUGACUACCUUUAACGAGGAUUGCAUUAACACGAUCUCCGAGGCGACCGAUUACCCGAAGUCUGAAAUCCAAGUAAUGUGGCGGGCACCGCAAGCUGGCUCCGGAUGCAUCAUUUUCACCGCGAUGAUUUUGGAGAACAACGUACGAUGGUACGCGGAAGAUGGUGCUCUCAUUAAGACUGUUUGUGAAUUGACAAACACGGGAGUCGACAGUUUAAACGAAACCAGAUGUUGCGCGUGCGACGAAGCAAAGUACUCGCUAACUAUGGAGGGCAUUUGGUCGAAUAGAACGCACCCGAAAGACUUCCCAUUUUCUGCCUGGUUGACUCAUUUUAGUGACGUCAUCGGUGCAUCACACGAGCCAAAAUUUUCCUUCUGGGGUAGAGAUCAUGUCGCGACGGAUGGUUUUCGACAAUUAGCUGAGUGGGGAUCCGCGACGGGCGUGGAAGCGGAAUUGAGAGAGAAAGCCAGGCACCUUAGGACGCUUAUUAAAGCUGCCGGUCUAUGGUAUCCUAAUGUUAAUACAAAUACAACGACGAGCUUUAGGGUAGAUCGAGGACACCCUUUUCUCUCGGUGGCUUCGAUGCUGGGUCCUUCUCCCGACUGGGUGGUAGGAGUGAACAAAUUGAAUCUUUGUCAGAAGGACUGCACCUGGACGAAAAGUAUGAUAAUAGAUCUUUAUCCUUGGGACGCCGGCACCGACAACGGCAUUAGUUAUAUGUCGCCAAACUCCGAGACGAAACCGCGCGAAAAAAUGAAACCGAUAACGACACUUUAUCCAGAGGACCCGCGAUCACCGUUUUAUGAUCCGUCUGGUAGGCCCAUGCAACCACUGGCCAGACUGUAUUUAAAUCGGGAGAAAAUUAUUCCACGCGGAUGCAGCGAGGAACUUCUGCAGCAGCAAGUAACUGAUUUGGAAGUGGCCGAAAAUACUGAGGAUACGUCGAGACCGGAAUGCCAGACGACGGAUUAUUCGCCGUGGUCGUCGUGUUCAGUGACCUGCGGUAAAGGCUUAAGGAUGCGCACGAGAUCGUAUAGAAUACCGGAGAAAGCUACUAUGUUCAACUGUAACAGACAGUUGGUUUCGAAGGAGAUGUGUGUCGCGUCUAUUCCUGAAUGCUCGGGAGAGGAGGAGAGUGAAGAUGAUAUAAUUUCGUCGCAGAGCGAUCCACUUUGCGAAAUCACCGAAUGGAGCGAAUGGUCCGAGUGUUCGAACACGUGCGGGAUCGGUUUGAAAAUGCGAACAAGGAGGUUCCGCGACCGUCGCGGACGCAAACGGUGCCCGCUUGUGUCGCUCGUCGAGAAGGAGAAAUGCAUGGAACCACCGUGCCAGGCGGGAACGGAAGAGUUGCUCGAUCCUGUGUGCAAGGUGACGGAUUGGUCCGAUUGGUCGCCAUGUAGUGCUUCUUGUGGCAAAGGAGUGAAACUGAGAACCAGACUGCUGAUAGUCGACCCAUCGCUGCAAGCGGAAUGCUCCUCGCGCGUGGAAUUACUCCAGCAAAGGCCGUGUCUCGUUCAAUCGGACUGUACAUUUGACAUGGCAACGGCAAAAGUCGUGUGUAUGGAGGAUGCAGAUCCUGGCCCGUGCAGGGGUUACUUCCAGAGGUGGGCUUUCAACCCGCGGAAAUUAAUGUGUGUACCUUUUGCAUACGGCGGAUGCCGUGGCAACCGGAAUAAUUUCCUAACGGCGGACGAGUGUAGCAAUACUUGUGAUAUUGUGCGAGUUGCUCUUACUGGCCAGGCCUUUAACGAGACCAUAAACCGAGAUCAAACACCUACCGACUCGUUGACUCCUCCUCCGCCACCUCCUCCCGUGGAUUGUGUGGUGACUCGUUGGUCAAAUUGGUCGCCGUGUAGUGUCACUUGCGGCGUUGGUCGCGUCACAAGUUACCGAACGAUCGAGCAAGAAGCUGCAAAUGGUGGGCGUCCCUGUCCGAAGAAGCUGCAUCGUCGUUAUCGUUGCGAGCUGGCUCCGUGCGAAUGACAAAUCAACAAGACGCUCUUUACUCGAUGACAUUUAAAUUAGGAUAUACGUAGUAAAUUAAGGAAUAUACUCAGGCACAGAAUCUGUCAAAAAAAGAUAGUUUAAUUACAUCUGCAAAGAGGUAAAUCUCUGUAAAUUUUUAAUCUUAUUGUUAGAACGUACGAGACCUAAGCCAUAUACACGAAUGCAUAACGUGGAUUAUUGUGUCCCGUGCGCAAUUUGAUUAUUUUUUAUAUUUCUCCGCUCCCGAUGCUUUUUCUGUAUGCCAAAAAGCUUUACGGUAACGAAAAUUAAUUUGAUUAAAAAUGUUUAAGUAUCAAAAACCAUUUUGGAUUAUCGUGUGUAUUGCGAAUGAAAUAUUUUAAUGACUUUACACAUUCCACUUUACGAAGAGAUCCACGUUGAACAUUCAAAUUAAUAUUAAUCGAUGCCUUCAUAGACUAUCAAUGUGUUUUACUGCCAGUCCUCUAUUGCCAAUAUUUGUCGCCUUUUAAAGUAAUCGCAUUACAAAUAUUCCAUGCUGUAUUCUUUUUACAAAGUGCUGGAUACGAAAUAAACGGAUUAUCAGAAUGAUAUUUUAUUAAUUGUUAUUUGGUUUAUAUCGCCUGCUAACUCCCAUCGAAUUUCAAUCGAUACUACAAAACGCGGAGUCGAUAUAAUCGCUUUAUAUCGGAUGGAACGUUUGUCUCUAAUAACAUAUCCGUUCAAAUUUAAUGUAUCUGAAUCCCGUCGUUUGCAAAUUAAUCGCAUCCAUCAAACGAGGCGGUUAACCAUUAUAUUAAAUUUGUGGUGUUGCACGGCGGAAAAAAACAAAGAGCCUUUUUGGACAAUUUGCUAACGUUUUGACACAAAUAGAAAACGCGGAAAUUAAAUUCGAAGCUGGAUAGCCAAUUUAUUCCCACCUCUCGUUAUUUUCGCGUUUUAGCUGUACGUUUUUGAAAUGAUACGUCGCCUCGAGCAACAUACGAAUUGCUCGAACGAUUAAUGCCACAAGUGUCGCGCCUGUUAUUCUUAUGUUCCGACGUAUAAAUUUCUUACGUAGAAAUUCAUGCGUCCAUAAUUCACUACGGAUUCUGAAUUGCGAUCAGCUGUCUUUGGAAGAUGUCCAAAGUCGCAUGCAACUCCAAGAAGUCUUUUGACGCCGUAGCGGUUUUCUAUUAUUUCUCGUAUGUUUUCGCGCAUGAAGUCGCAUGUGACGUAGAAACACGAACAAAUGGAACUACUUCAUGCAUCUGUAAUCGUAAGAAAAUUCGAUUGGAUUCGCAGGACUGUCGUUUUAUUCAAAUAAUUCCGUUUUAUUGUAAUAAUUUCGCGCUUUAUCUCGCGCUUAUUGAAAUCAGUUGGUUCCACUUGCGUUUUAUUCGCUUGUUUUCCUUUUCUUUCAGAACAAACACUCGCUACUUAUCACCAAUUGGGAAAUCUAACUUCACACAGUUACAUUAAUAAUCUCAUAUAAAUAAUACACGUAGGUGGUAUAAUGACUAAAUCACUGUACAUCUACCAAGAACGCCAAACCGUCAUAUUAUGUUUCUGAGAUUAUACAUUAGAGGUGUGCAAAUAG